AUGGCAGGCAACGAAGUCCCCAAAGUGACCUUCAAGUCCAGUCGGCUUCUCUACAGAGCUGUAGAGAACUCCGAAGAGGACAUAGCAUUUUUUCAAAACAAAAUCCAUAUGGACAGCAAUGUCCAAACAAUGAGUACCAUGCGACUCAUUCGUCCUGCAAACAAGGCCGAUGCUGAACAGCAUAUGAAAAUGAUGCAAAAUAACCUCCUUGGAGUCCUGAUAUGCCUUCCUCCCCAAGAAUCCUCGGAAGAAAUCGAAUCCUCCAACCAAUCCACGCAGAAUUCUAAAUCAGUCCCGAUUGGAUUCAUCGCAUUGUUCAAUACUGCGCCGGAGAGGGCACAUCAUCGCAAUGCGAUGAUUGCGAUAUCACUUGUGGAUGGGUACCAGGGCAAAGGGUAUGGCGGAGAAGCCAUCAACUGGGUAUUGGACUGGGGAUUCCGACAAGCUGGACUGCACAGGAUCGCAAUCAGCACGUUUGAAUUCAAUCACAAUGCUUUGAAGCUUUACAGGAAGCUUGGCUUUGUGGAAGAGGGUCGCGAACGAGAGGCCUUGUAUCAUUACCGCGCUUGGCACGAUGUUAUCAAUUUAUCCAUGCUGGAGCAUGAGUGGGAAGCUUUGAGGGGGGAAUCCCCGAGCUAG